CACCCCACCUUCCAGCACCGGCGGCGACUCCACCACCACCAGCAGCACCAAGCCGGCGAACCGACCCGACCCGGUCCAUGGCGCCACCGACCCGCGCGUCCGCGAAGCAGCCGAAGUCGGGGAAGGCCCUCGGGCGGAGGGGCAUGUCGCGCGCGGAGGCGGCGGCGGCGGCGGACGCGGCGGCGAGGCGCUCCGCGACGGCGCGGGAGUGGCGCGUGUGGGGCGAGUGGGCGAUGGGCGCGGCCAAGGUGGUGGCGCACUACGGCUUCAUCCCGCUCGUCAUCGCCGUCGGCGUCAUCAAGUCCGACCCAAGGCCCUCCCUGUUCCAGCUCCUCUCCCCGGUCUGAUCGAUCCCCGCACCCCGUCAGCAUGACCGCGCUUCCCUAGGGUUCGUUCGAGCGAUGAAAAUUUCCGUGGUAGUUAGUUAUUAAUUAUCAUAAGUAAAGUCUCUAGUAUUAGUAUCUGUGCUGCACCUGCUAUUCUGCUCGGGAUCAAUCAGUAAACUUGGAUCACUAUAUAUAUGAUUAUAAUUUCGUCCAUGUUUGGGUGAUGUGAAUUAUGAUAUCUGCAAGGAUUCUGGAUCACCGUGUGGGGUGUGGAUUUGGUCAGUUCCUGCCUUCGCAUAUGAAAGAUUGUCCUUUUUGCAUCCUCAGAUGCUGAUGUGCACAGUAGGAAUCUCUGAAUUUGUGUUCUUUGGGCAAAUUUUUUAGUUGUUGUGAUUGUAUCCUGGAUGACUAUUUGGAAAUAUCUGUGAUAAAUCUCGUGUUGUUGUGAUAAA